CAUCAGGCUUGUCAGCCUUGAGCCAACCGCCGCUCGCGAGUGACGUGCGGUCUGCUGCUACGUUGCUAAAAUUUCGCGCUCAACUGUUUACAUACGGAAUUUGAAAAUGAGAUAACGUAUUCUCAAAAGUGCGAAGUGUUGAAAUAAAAGGUUUCGUGACUCGAAUUUGGAAUAAAGUGUUGAAUUAAAGUGCUAACGGGUUCUCAGUGUUGUGUGCGAACAGUUAAGUUGGAGUUAAGUAAAAACAAAAGUGUUGCAGCAAGAUGGGAGCGUAGGAUUUGUUUAAGAAGUGUUAAUCAUUGUUUAGAAAGUUGCCGCAGCGCCAUGGGGACCAGCAGAGUGCUUUCACCGGUUACUUUGUUCCUGUUGUGUGCAGCGGUCACUUGGGCGGGCGCCGAAGAUGAAAGCCACGACGCGCGCGAAGGCGACGAUGUGACGCUCCGCUGUCGCUUCAACUUCGAGCCCCUCGCUGGAGAAUCACCCACGUACUACUGGGUGCGAAGCACGGCUAGCGGACACGACAAUGUCGCUAUCAAGGACACACCGCUCGAGACCAACUACCAAAUCACGUUCGCGCCGGCUGACGGGCGUUACGACCUGUCCGUGUCAAACGUGUCGUACGAGCGGGACAAUGGACGCUUCGAGUGCCGGGUGAAGGCGGGGGGGUCGGGGCGCACGCUGCACUCGCAGGCGCACGCGCUGGUCGUGCUCACGCACCCUCGUGCGCCCCUGCUCUCGCCUGGCGCGCACGCUAAUGCGCAAGAGGGAAGGGAGAUCAAGCUCGCGUGCUCGAGCUCGGGGGGAUCGCCGGAACCUGUUGUCAAAUGGUACCGCGACGGAUCAACCUACCCGCUUGAAGCAAACAUGACACACGCACGCACACGUGCCGAGCCUACCAUAGCGACACUAACACUCACACCGACAAGAGACGACGACGAUGCUGUGUUCCGUUGCGUUGUCUGGAACCGCGCUAUGCCGGAAGGCCAGCAGCUGGAUGCUACUGUUCAGCUUAGUGUCAACUAUUUCCCUCGAGUCGAAGUGGGCCCAGAAAAUCCGCUGCGAGUAGAACUCGACGGCAGCGCCACCAUGGAGUGCAAAGUUGACGCCAAACCGAAAGUCAACUCCGUGACCUGGAUGAGAAACGGAAAAUUUAUAUCCAACUCCUUCACACACACCAUCCAGGGCGUGACUGUGCAGGACGCAGGCAAAUACUCCUGCUCCGCCGACAACGGGCUUGGGCGCUCCGGCGAGCGAGAAAUCUUCGUCGAUGUCCUAUACCCACCCACUGUCACCGUCGAAUCCAAAACCUUUGAGGCUGAAGAGGGCGGAACCGUCAAGAUCCACUGCGAAGUCUCCGCCAACCCCGAACCCAUAUCCAUAGAAUGGACCAUGGAGGGCAAACCAGACUUCAAACAGGACGGCAACGAUUUACUGCUGACGCGCGUGAACGCCGACAUGGCCGGCACGUACGUCUGCCGCGCCAUCAACGUCAUCUCCGCCACCAAUGGGAAGCGAGUCGAGCGCGCCAGCAGCGCGUCUGUAGCUGUACUGGUGCGCCACAAGCCCGGGCCCGCACGCGUCAGCCCCGACCGACCAGUAGCACAGGAGGGCGCUGGUGUGACCCUCACUUGUAUAGCGCGUCCGCCCGGCUGGCCCGCGCCCCAAUACCGCUGGUUCCGCGACAUCGACUCUGCCGACGCCAAACCCCAAGUGCUCGCUACUGGCAACAAAUACACCAUCCCGAGCGCGCAUCUCGGGAGCGAGGGCGUCUACCACUGCCAGGCCACCAACGAGCUCGGCCACGGCGACCUCGCUUCCGUAACUCUCGAAGUCCACCAGCCCCCAAGAUUCCAAGCCAAACUCCAGCCCCAUAUGACGAAGCCCUCCGGCGAACAAGACUUUGCCGUAACUUGCAGCGCGCUCGGCAAACCCCGCCCGAACGUCAAGUGGUACAAAGACAACUCCGAGAUUAAACUCGACGGGAACUUGUACGAAGUCAAAACUGAUAUGACAGAGGGCAGAAACUCUGUUUACAAUGUGCAGAGUACGCUGAGAUUCUACGGGAAAACGCGACCGAGCACUAACGACCUACUGCCGGAGGAUAGGGGCAUAUAUUCCUGUACGUUCGAGAACGAAGUCAAGAAAGUCGAGUCCACUAUGCAUCUGCGGAUAGAACAUGAACCAAUACCCAUCAAGCAACAGAAAAAGGUAGCAUACGACGUGAAAGAAGUCGCUGAAAUCUCAUGCCGAGUGCAAGCGUACCCCAAGCCAGAAUUCCAAUGGUUCUACGGCUCAAACACGGCCCCGCUACAAAUGUCUUCCGACGGACAUUAUGAAAUAAACACUAGUACGGACAACAACGAUUCCUACUUCAGCGUGCUUAAAAUAAGAAAUGUAAAACCGCAGGACUACGGCGAUUAUUACUGCAACGUGAAAAACUCGCUUGGCAGCGUUCGACCACAGAUUAAAUUACAACCUAAAGGCGCGCCCGAAACGCCUAAAGCGCUCACUAGUAAAAAAAUCGGCCCCAGUUACGUGACUCUUCAAUGGGAGGCUGGAUUCGACGGGGGACUGUCAAGUACCAAAUACUUCGUGAGAUACAGGCGUGUGGGAGCCCCGGGCGCUCCGGGGGCUUCGGACUGCGUGGCUGAACGCACGGCGGCGCAGGACUGGAUGGAGUAUGACUGCGGGCGCUCCAAUCCCUGCAAUGUGACGCGGUUGGAUCAACACAACACUUACUCUUUCAAGGUGAAAGCCGUAAACACGAAAGGACAGAGCAACUAUUCCAACGAGCUGACGGUGACCACCAAGGUGGACAAGAUCCCUGCGCCGGAGCAGGUCACAUACGAGCCGAGUUCCAGGACCGUGGCGUUCAGCGUCGGGGCCACUUGCUUACCGCUGGUGGGAGUCGCGGAGGCGAUGCAGCCUAACCAUCAUUGGCAGGUCCUAGACACAGUACCCCUCCGUCUGUCUGGCGCCGCGUCCACGGCCCAAGAGGCCGUCCUAGAGUCCCCGGCCCCCCGAGGCCCCCGACCCGAGGACCCGAACCCUCGCCUGCGGCUUAAGCUGUGUCUCCAGGUCAACCAGGAGGUCUGCAGCGACUACACUGAGGCUGACAUCGGCCCGCCCUACAUCAAAGAAGCGUCAGCAUUCAGCACAGCCACCCUAGUCGCCAUCCUCAUCUCCUGUCUCGUCUUCCUACUCUUCCUCAGUCUACUCUUCGUCUUCUGCCGUUGCAAACGCAACGAGAACAAGAAAGAGACAGCUAAAGAUUAUGAGAUGGAUUCUAUGAGACCAGCGAUGGUGACGCCUCAGAAUCAGGCGCCACCGCCUUACUACCCUAGUUCUGGGAUGGAGAAUAAGGCGCUGGAACAUUCUAUGGAGCUGGCGCUAGCCAUGGAGGAUUCUAAGAGUGCGGUAUACGCGUCGCAGAGCGGUUAUGGAUAUCAUUUAGCACCGCAUCAGACGAUGCCGCACGGGCAGCUGCCGCCGCAAUCGCAUCCGCAGAACAUGACUAAUACUGACUGGGUAAACAUGGGCUACAUAGAGAACAGCUACACCAACAGCAACAACGGCGGCAGCGUCAACUCGCAGGACUCGCUGUGGCAGAUGAAGAUGGCCGCCGCCAAUGGCGCCAUACCCUCACACCCGCCACACCAGGUGCUCGACCGCCAGAGCCACUACGGCUACGACGCGCACGGCUACGGCGCCAUGGACGACUACGCGCCGUACCCGCUGCCCGCGCCGACCGCCGACUGCCUGCGCUCGCAGAACCCGAGCCGCCAGGAGUACUGCUCGGACCCCUACGCGCAAGUGCACAAGCCUAAGAAGCAACAGCAUAUAGAAUCCCCUUACCAUGAGGUGAGCGGUCUCCCAGAGUCGUACGGCGGCGAAGCAGGCGGUGAGGACAAGCCGCCGCACAUGUCCCUCAGCUACGACGAGUCGCUUGAGUCGGGGUACUCCACGCCCAACUCGCGCGCGCGCCGCGUCAUCCGCGAGAUCAUCGUGUAGCCCCGACGCACAUGGCGACCCUGCCCGCUGUAAGCCUAGCAUU